UAAUUUUUUAAGAUGGAAAAUUUAAUUUGGGCAUGUCCAUAUUCUUCUGAUGUUUAACUUUUAAGAAAUACAUGUCUGAUGUAACUAGAUAUGAUAGUUGUAAGUUUCUUGCUGUCUUGAAAUCACAUAUUCUAAAUCUGAAGGUUAUUAAGCAAUAACCAUAACAUAUCAGACACUGUACCAAGCAACUAGUUAGCUUUCUGCUAAUACAUGCAGUAUGGUCAUCACUAGAAACUAAUUAGAAAGCAUUUUAUUCUAAGGUAAAUAUUGUUUGGCUUUAUAAAUAUUUUUAAUAUUUUUUUAUACAGUUUGCAGUAAUGGAACAGCUGCAGGAUCCCGUUAUGCAAGAAGAUGCAAAUAUUAAAGCUAUUAAUGAAGAGUACAAGAAAGCCUUUUUUUUUAUUAAUAAAGGACUGAAUACAGAUGAACUGGGUCAGAAGGAAGAGGCAAGAACUUAUUAUAAGCAAGGGCUUGACCACUUGCUCCAAGGAAUCAGCAUUCCGUCACAGGGUCCUGCAUGCGUGGGGUCCCAGUGGGAGUCUGCUAGGCAAAUGCAACAGAAGAUGAGGGAGACCCUGCAAAACGUUCACACUCGACUUGGCAUUCUAGAACAAAACACCCCACCUGUACAAGCGAGUCCUGCGGUGAUGGAUGCCCCUGAUGGAGUGCCCAGGUUGUACCCAUCCAUUCCUUCCAAAGAAAAGCCAGAAAGACCCCCCGCCCCUAAUUCUCUACUUGUACCAAGUCAGCCACCUGCAGCAGAUGGAAGUGUUGCAGCUGUGAGCCCGGCACAAAUUCCAGGUAUGAGUCCAUCUGCAAAACCUCUUUGUCUGCCAAAUGAAGCACCUCCUGCCUAUACUCCUCAAGCUACUAAUGGCCAUUUUACUGUGUCCUAUGGCACAGACUCUGGGGAGUUUUCUUCUGUAAGUGAGGACUACUACAGCAAGUGUACUCAGCCACCUCCCCUUGAAAACCUGGGAGUGGAUGCAGAUGAGCUGAUCUUGAUUCCCCAGGGGGUACAGAUAUUCUUCGUGACUCCUGAUGGGCAGGUUAGUGCUCCUUCAUAUCCUGGAUAUCUGCGCAUUGUGAAGUUCUUGGAUACGGAGAGCGAGACAGCCCAGAAUCGUCCACCUGCAUUUCUUCAGGUUUGUGACUGGUUAUAUCCUCUAAUGUGUAACCAGUCUCCUGUGCUGUGCUGCAAUACUGGAGUCUACAUGUUCCCUGACACGAUGUCCCAGAUACCGGGAUCCUACGUGGGACUAGUGCUGUCUUCAGAACUUCCAGCAGCUGACAGAGGGCUGUUUGAGGAUCUCUUAAAACAGAUGUCUGACCUUCGAAUCCAGGUGCCAGGAUCACAUGAGAGAGUAGGGUUUUCUUCAGAGCUCCCAGCAACUGAGAGAGUGCAUUUUGAAGAUAAAUUUAAACAGAUGUCUGGCCACAAAGUCCAGCCUUCAGAUACCUCUGGUGAUGCAAUUAACUUGUCUCAGACUGUACGGAUCGAACCACAACCUGAAGGAGCAGAAAAUCGGAAAGAAUUGCCAGAAUGGAGUGAGAAAAUUGCCCAUGGAAUCUUGUCAGGUGCAUCUUGGGUAAGCUGGGGCCUAAUAAAAGGCGCAGAAUAUACUGGUAAAGCUAUACAUAAAGGAGCUUCUAAACUGCGAGAACACAUCCAACCAGAAGAAAAACCUCUGGAAGUCAACCCAACUGUAGCAAAGGGACUUCAUGUAGCAAAACAGGCUACUGGAGGAGCUGUGAAAGUCAGCCAAUUCUUAGUUGAGGGAGUCUGUUCUAUAGCAAGCUGUGUUGGGAAGGAGCUGGCUCCACACGUAAAGAAGCAUGGCAGCAAAUUAGUUCCAGAGUCCCUCAAGAAAGAUAAAGAUGGCAAAUCCACAUUGGAUGGUGCUCUGGUCGUAGCAGCAAGUGGAGUUCAAGGUAACAGAAAUCCCAUAUGCUUUUUUAAUUGCAUAAUUUUCAGUGCUGUGGACUCAAAUAAGCUGAUAAUUUUUACAGGGUUUUCAACAGUGUGGCAAGGUUUAGAAAGUGCAGCGAAGUGCAUUGCUAAAAGUGUUUCAACUGAGACUGUAAAAACUGUCAAAUACAAGUAUGGAGAUGAUGCUGGCCAUGCUACAGACAAUGCUAUGAAUUCUGCAAUCAAUGUUGGUGUGACAGCAUUUAACAUUGACAAUAUUGGUAUCAAAGCUGUUGUAAAGAGAACUGCAAAGGAAACCGGACAUGCUGUGUUGGAUGAAUAUAAAGUAUUGGAUAAUAAGAAGAAGGAUAAAAAAUGAAAGCAUUGAAAUAUUUCUCAAAGCCUUACAUUAGAGAUGAAACUUCUUAUUUAGAAGUCACUACAUUGCUAAUCUGCAAUUUAACACAAAUCACGCUGUACUUUUCAGUCAACUGUUACUUAACUUGAUACGAAAAUUUAAUAGUAGGGAGGGUGUUUAUGUAACGAAAAACGAAAAUUGUCUUAAUUCCUUGUUGGAUAUUGAAAAAGGGUUUUAAACAACUGAAUCAGCGCUUUAGACAAUGGGACAGAUAAUGAGUUUGCAGUUAAUAAACUUGCCUCUUUAAGCACUUUUUCAAAAUAUAAAAUGAACUAGAUUAAUAUAGAAAUACUGUUGUGAAUAUUUUUGGAGUCCUUUAUAUUUGUAAGGAAGGUGGUGAUACAGAAACAAAUAGGAUUAAUAACUGUGGAACAAAUAGGAUUUCUAGUUUCAUUUUUUUAACUGUUCUGAAGAUUUAGUUUUACUAAACCAGCCUUGUCUUAUUUAAUAUGCAUUACUAAAAUAAGCUUUGUGUUUCAUUGUUUUGUAGAGAAUUUCCUUUUUUUGGCUAUCAAACAGCAAAUCUUAUCCAAAGUUCAUGUUAGAAGAAGUGAAAGAUGAGCCUCAGGUAACUAGGUAGUUAUUCUCUUUAAAACUUUUUUUUUUUUUCUUUUUUCAUCCAACAUAUAAGGAAACCAAAGAUAGGAAGCAUCUCUUCUAAAAGAGGGUAUUUACAACUGUAGAAAAACGUGUUCUUUAGUUGGCUCCAUAAGGAAUAUACAAAGAUUUUUUUGAGAUUUUUAUGUAAAGGAUGAAUAUGUUUUUGUGUAAAUUAUUCUUCUGUUAAAACAGAAAAUUCUAUUAUUAUUCUAUAGAGGACACUAGGAACUUCUGAGCAUUCUGUAUUUUUCAGCUAAUCCAGAAAGAUGCAGAGUAUAUACCAUGGCCUCCUAAUGGCAGAUACAGAAUCACAGAACCAUAGACUGUUUGGGGUUGGAAAGGACCUUAAGAUCAUCUAGUUCCAACCCCCCUGACAUGGGCAGGGACACCUCACACUAAACCAUGCCACCAAAGGCUCUGUCCAACCUGGCCUUGAACACUGCCAGGGAUGGAGCAUUCACAGCUUCCCUGGGCAACCCAUUCCAGAGC